AGUUUCCCAUCUUCACUCACUGUGUAGCGGGAAACACCACUCUUUUCUCUCUCUCUCUCACAGUCGUCGCCAUAGCCACACUCUCACUCUCACAGCGUUCUUCAACGCUGUGUUUCACCAAGAUCAACCCUAUUUCCAUGCUCUCCACUUCAAACCAUGUCUCGCGUCAACUAUGAAGCUGAUCGAAUGUUAGACGAGUACAUCCAUGAUUAUUUCGUGAAGAGACAGUUACAUGCUUCUGCAAGCACAUUUCAGACUGAAGGAAAUGUCUCAACGGAGCCUGUUGUCAUCGACGCACCUAAUGGCUUUCUCUUUGAGUGGUGGUCAGUCUUUUGGGAGAUAUUCGUUAAUAGGACAGGUGCGAGGCGCUCGGAAGCCGCAGUGGCUUACCUUAAGAUGCAACAAAUUAAGGCUCGAGAAAUGCGGCAGCAGCGAGAGCAAGAGCUUCCGAAUCCAAAUCAGAAUCAACAAACACAAAUGCAGCUGCCUGCUCUGCAGCAGCAAUGUAUAGGUGGAACUCAAUUUGUUAGUGGCUGUGCUAACUGUCCUAUUCACAAUAAUCCUUUGAUGAGAAAGAACCAAGCAAUUUGUAAUGUUAUGCCAAUCAAAAUGUAUGAUGACAAGUUGAAGCUUCACCCCCAGAGAGAUGCUUUUGAUGAUGCCACCAUUAAGCAAAAGGAAACUGAUAAAGUUGGCCAGCUUCUGGACUCAAAUCAUGCCUCUUUGUUGAAAGGACAGACUACAACUACAGGACAAACAUUUCUCUGUACACCUAGCAUUUUGCCCGCGAAUGUUCAAGCUCAAAAUCAGACCCAGCAACUUCCAGGGUCUAGACAAGGAUUCGAUCAAGUUCGCUCAGGAUUUGUGCAGCAGAAUAAUUCGAUGCAGUCUGCAUCUUUCAAUCAAUUUUCCCGACAGCCGCAAUUUAUGCUUCAGGCACAGCAGAAUUCAGUUUUACCAUCUGUCUGCGAUCAUGAGAGCAGAAAACUCAGACGGUAUUUUAAAAUUCAAACUAUGGGUCUCGAGAGAGAUGGCCAGUCAGAUUUUGUAAGUGAUUCAAUUCCUAAUAUUGGAAGAUCUGCACAAGCUGGUUCCCCUUUAUUGCUUCACCCUGACUCAGAUAUGUCCCUUCAGCAACAAGUUCAAAAGAGUAUUCAGGAGUUUCAACCUUCACAGCAUCCUCUUUCAAGCCAGAAGUCUCAGUGUCUCCAGCGGCAAGCAAAAAUUGGCUCUGAAAGCAUGAUAGUAGAUGGAAAUGACCAGGCUUCCAAAAGAAAAAUCGGGCGAAAGCGAAAGCCUGCAUCAUCUUCAGGCCCUGCCAAUAGCUCAGGAACUGCAAAGGCCACAGCAUCAUGUAUCAGUUCACCUUCUACACCAUCUGCACAAACACCAGGAGAUGUUAUGACAGCACCGACUGUGCAACAGAAUGGCUUGGGCUCACUUACAUCAGCACAGAAUCAAUUGGAUGAUAUGGAGCACAUUGUGGAUGGUGAACAUUUGGGUGACAAUGUUAAGUCAGACUUAUCUCCUGAUGCAGCAGUCAAUAGACAAAGUGUUGAUCAAGAAUUCUCAUUUAAGGAGAUCAAGUUUGUAAAGGCAAGUUCACAUAAAGUUGAGUGUUGUCACUUUUCAUCAGACGGAACACUGUUUGUUACUGGUGGCGAUGAUAGAAAGGCUUCUUUGUGGUGCACAGAAUCCUUUAACCUGAAAUCUACAUUUGAAGAGCACACUCAACAGAUAACUGAUGUUCGAUUUUGUCCAAGCAUGUUGCAUAUUGCUACAUCCUCAGCUGACAAGACUGUUAGGGUUUGGGGCGCUGAUAAUCCUGGUUAUUCUCUUCGAACUUUCUCAGGACAUGCAUCAACUGUAGUUUCAGUAGACUUUCACCCCAGUUGUAAUGACCUUAUUUGCUCUUGUGACAAUACUGAGAUAAGAUACUGGAAUAUUAAAGAGGGUAGUUGUGCUAAGGUUUUCAAGGGCGGUGCUACUCAGAUAAGAUUUCAGCCUUGUAUGGGAAGUCUUCUUGCAGCUGCAAAAGAUAAGUUCAUAUCCAUUUAUGAUGUGGAAACCCUGCGUUGCAGACUUAAAUUAAAGGGCCAUAAUGACCCUGUUCGCUGUGUGUGCUGGCAUCCUUCCGGAGAAUAUUUGGCAUCUCUUAGUGAUGAUCAGGUAAUAAUCUGGAAUGUUGCACCUGGUAACGGAAGGAUCACUCAUGAAUUAAUCUUACCUGGGAAAAACAUGAACACCUGCGCUUUCCAUCCCUUACAUAAUGUGCUUGUCAUUGGCUGCAAUGAGACUCUUGUGCUGUGGGACUUCAGUCAGAACCAAACCAUGACGUUGCUGCGUGCACAUAACAGUCUCGUAUCUUCCUUGGCAGUAUCCAAUGUUACUGGGUUGGUGGCUUCAGUUAGUCAUGACAACUAUUUCAAAAUCUGGAAGUGAAUGAAUGGCACUUUGCCUACUCCUUAAGCAAACAUAGGGGUUUUUUGUACAUGUCCUUUUUGCUCCUACUUCCUUACAGAAGUCAUAUGUACAUAACAGUAAAAGGGAUGUUUUGGUUUUGAUCCCUGUCCUCGUUUGCCCAUGUAAAAGACACAAUCCUUGUGACAACUUUGCUUUUACUUGGGUUUAGAUAUAGCAAAUGCCAAAGGGUAUUUAAUGAAAGUGGUAAAACCUCAGAAGAACUCAAGUUAACUCUUUUUUUGUGAUUUACUUGGGAUACAGCUUUGAUAGUUGAUAUA